GCUAUCUAAGAUAACCGAUUUCAUUAAAUCAAACGAUAUCAGAACCGCUUGCGUCUUAAAAAACUUCUGGCUUAGUUGAAUAAUAAUGUUUGAUGUUUAAAAAAACGCGCUGAAACGAGGUCAUGAUCAUGUGUGAAGUGGUUGCAAAGUCUUAAAAUAGAUACUUUCUAUGUAAACAAAUAAGAAGAGGUUUUUUACUAAAAUAAAUUAUAACGACUUGAGUCAAUGAGUGCUCAUUUUGAACUUUUGCUGUGGACAACACCAAACACCAAGAAUGGAGGAAGCUCAUCAUCACGUUCACUUCGAUACGGCUGUGAUAAAUGACGAACUUCAUGAUAACACCAUUAUCUAUCAAGUGGCUGCCAAUGCUAAUUCAAUCACGGUUCAUUUAGGUUUCUUGCAAGUUAAGCACAGAUAUCAAAUUGAAUUGAACAUGCCUGCCCUUACUCUGUCGAAAAGUGGAUUAAAUAUUGGUGAUAACUCCUGUUUUGUAGUUGAAGAAUCCAAGUUGCCAAAUAUUAAUUGCAAACUACUUGAAUUUACUACUAAACCGAUAGUAGAUGCAGAUGGUAACGAACAAUAUAAUGCUAAAGUGGAAUUUUUUGCUCACAAAGAAAAACUUCUCAAGGAGCAUUUAUUCGUUUCUGGAAAAGAAGAUCCAGGAAUAAAACUUCAUUUGGUGCUAGUAGCCCGCGUUCUGGGUCGUGGAAAAGGUACACCAAUGUUGCGUGAUGGCAUUCACUUAAUUGCUGUAGAGGACGACGAAGAAUCAGAGCUUUCUGAUUGGCAGGGUUUUCCUAAGAAAGAAUAAUGUAUAAUAAUAACACUUAAUGAACCUAUAGUAGUAAAGCUAGUUUGUCGAUUCUGAUUCUUUUUAAACUUUCAAUGCAACGCACUGUGGUCCGAAAUGGCAAGAGGUGGAACUUUAUUCCUAGAGCCUGACCAAUUCAUAUCAGCCAUAAAGUGUCUUCAGAAAAUUUGUUUGUCCUCCACAUUUUGAACGAAACAAAAAUGAGUCAUGUCUAUGAUAAAAAUAAAAAAAAAAAACAAGCUUUUUUAUUUGAAGAUAUAGAGGAAUUACGUCUCUGGCCAAUUUGCAGAAAAUGUCAAUACAAGCAACUUUGCCGAGAAAAUCGAAAUUCUAAGUCCAGUAUUUUCAGUAAUGCUCAUUACACAUUGUUAUGGCAACUCCCUUAAAUUUUGUUUUUCGAUCAUAAUUCCUUGCUGAUUCACUUUUUCAGCCAACAUUGUUCUAGACAACUAUAAGAACUGCAAAAACACAAGAUUUUGUCCAAAACUGCAAGUCGAUAUAAUUAUUCCUUGACGAGUUAUAAUAGCACAUUUCUGCUAAAAAACAGCACAUCUUUUAUGUAUUUUUUUGUUAACUUCAUGUGCUUAUAUAUAUAUAUAUAUUUUAUGUUUUUUUUUUUUCAUAAUUUUUCAAACAUACGAUUUUCAAGCUGUUUUGCCGAAGAACGAUUGAAAUAGUAAAAAAAAACACAUGUGUUUGCAAUGGUGUAGCAAAUUGUAACUAUAUUUUUUUUCUUUAGUUCAUGAGCUUAUGGGGUAAGUGAAAAUACAAAGUCAACUAGUCUUCUUGAAUCUUAAAUUAGGAGCUAUAAAGCUGUACAGCAGAACAGCUAGAACAGUGUAUGGUUGAUGGAUUUGAUUUGAUUUCUUUUUUAAAGAGACUUUGAGCCGUGGGCUGGUUCGUCUCUGAAAACCCCAGAAAGAGGUUCCCUAGUUAGAAAGGCUGGGAAAAAUGAAAUAUAGAAUAAAUAUGUAUACAAACUGAAAGUAUGUUAAAAUAUAUUAAAAAAAAACACGGACAUAUAAGGCUGCCGUACUCAAAUAUGGGUAGAUAAAACAAACAAAACCUUCAUAACAUUCUAGUGCUUGUUUUUGAGUUCCCACUUGCCCCAUUCUCCUUAUUAGCGUAUUAAAUUAAGUUGUUAGGGAAUGCUUAAAUAAAACUGCAAAAAAGUUUAUUUUCCAAUUAAUUCCACAUGUCGUGUGUACCUAAAUUAAUUAAGUGGAAUUAAAUAUAAGGCCUUCUUUCUGUUUUAACUCUUCAAGGAAUAAUUAUAGCGACAUACAGUCUACGUAAAAAAAAAAGGUGUUGCGGUUCUGAUAGUUGUCUAGAUCAUUGUGUACUAAAAGUUAUGAUCGAAAAACUAAAUUCAAAGGAGUUGCCAUAAAAAAUGCGCCAAACUUUGAAAGUAAUGUACUUAGAAUUUAGAUUUCAUCAGCAAAGGUGCUUUCUGAUACCGAAGUGCGUCGUAUUGAAAUCCAGUUUGAUGUAUUUAAAGGGAUGAAAAUACUGAGUGGUUUUAAAAGUAAUCA